AUGGACGCCUCAGAUGAUUCCAGUUCAUUCAAAGAAUAUGAGCCCCCUCCCCCAUCGGCAAUAGGAGUGGCCACUAGAUGUGAGAUGCCAGCACAACCUCUGGUAGGUAACUUAUAACUAGGCGUUUUGUUAGCCUGGCUAGUUAGUUCUCACUUAGGGCAAAAUGUUGGCUUAGGGGAGGGGUAGGUGGGCAGUUUGUGCAUGGGUAACACUUGACAGUUAAAUGGGUACUGAUAAAUUUGUUGCGCUAGAAGAGCCACAAUGAAUUCACCUCGUGCCAAUUGUUCAUAGUCAUUAGUGUUGAAGAGAGUAUGAAGAGUGUGAACUGAAGAUUUUUGAAAACUACAUGUAGGAAGACUCUAUUUCUCUUAGAUAAUUCACCCAUAAUAGAACUGUGGAAGAUCACAAAACAUCAAGACCUACGAAACUGCGACGUGAAUAAAAGCACGUCUGUAUACAAAAUGUAUUUUAAUGUAUCUUUGUCGCAGCCGCAAAAGACGUUUGAGAUGGAGGUGAAUGUUUCAGGAACAGAGUUUGUUGUGUUGGAAAAUAUAAAGACUGUCGACACUCACGCUGUUAUUCUUAAGGUAUGACACUAAAGUGAAAACUUGUUGACAUUCUUAUUCCAAACGUUUUUUUGCUGUUGUGACCUGUUUUUGUUGUGGUCUUCUUCUUCGUUCAGUUAUCAGCCGUACUGGCCUGGCGUCCAAACCAUCCUGGUCAGAAGUGGCUAUCCUGCAGUGUUCAAAGCCUGGAGAUGUUUUCUUGUGUGCUUUCAUGUGAAGAAGACACUGCCUUGUCAAUUAUUGACCCAGCCUCGGCACUGGUUGAACUCAAUAAUGCCAGACGACAGAAAGGAGGGAAAAACGCGAACCUAUUAGAUAUUGCCGAGGAACAGUUACCAAGUCUGGAGGUUAGUUUAGGAAAGCUUUUCUAUUCUUUGCAAGUUGGAGAACGUAGAAUAUUACAAUGCAGCUACUCGAACCGGGGCACUUGGAAGAAGAUUGUCCAAUCACAACGGUUUUUGGAAACAAAAGAUUUUCAAGUUUAUUGGCAAACGGACCAAUGACAUUCAAGGUUCUACUAAGCAACCAUUGAAAACUUUGAAAUCGUUUGAACUUACCUGACCUCUCAGGAAACAGCCCCCAAAUACAUGAACGUUAUUGGUCCUUUUGCAAAAAACCUUGAGAAUCUUUUGUUUUCAAAAACCGUUGUGAUUGGAUAAUCUUCUUCCAAGUACCCCAGUUCUAGUAGUCGCACUGCAAAAAGGUUUUUGAACCCUUCAACUUUAAAGUCAUGAGUCCAUGAGGGAGUUAAUAUUUAUUCAUCCUUGUUAAACAUUCCUCAAGACACCUAUCCAAUUGAAGGUGGGAAACCACUGUGAGGCUUUUACUAGUAUUUAUCAUGACAGCUCUGUUCAGUGGCACUUUCAUGAUUUUACUUUUUAUUUUAGAUUAACCUACAAAGUCCACUGACCAUUCGAGUGUCUUAUAACGACUACAAGCUGUACCUUAGUAUCCUUAAAUCUGUCUCCAAGCAACUGAACAGAGCCAUCAAGAGUGAGGCUUCUGCUACUUGGCUGCUCGAGAAUGCCACCCCUGUACACCAAGCGCAGACCUCCCAACAACAGGGCAGUGCUCAAGGAUGGCGGUUUGCUCGUUGUGAGGUAAGUGCAAAGCCAGUAGUAGUAUAUUCGUUCAAGAUUCAGCAAAACUCUGUCAUAAGUAGUACAUCCUAUUGUAAUGUGGUCAAAACACACGGUUCUUGCAAUAGCAGUGCAGUAGGGUGCGUUUUCUACCUUCCCUCUUUCUUCGAACUUUCAGUGCACGCUGAGAAAAAUUGUGCUAUUCUCAUUCUCGUUAAAGCCGUUGCGGUAUGACGAGUUAAUCAAUUGGAUAAUCGCGUGCUACCGUAAAAUGCACUCUAUUGGCCAUAGCUGUCCCCAGGGAAACUCUGUAGGCCUUUUAUACGCCCUUGCAAACAAAUUUGCUCUCUUCUCGCAAUUCUACUCAACUUAGAUUACCCACCCUCCUCUCCUAUAACGACGCUGGCGAAAUUUCUCUAUCAUCCACCCUAAGCCUUUUGCAAUUUAUUUUUUACCCAUAACUAGUCCAUCUUUAGGCAUACGGUGGCUUUUAUGCGAAUUUAAAUUCGUUACAUUUUCCAGUUUUCGUUUUCCGCGUGUUGUGACAUCAUGGAAAUUUCUAUUUUGCCCACUGAAUCACACGCUUAGAAUUUGAAUUGUUGUGUGAGGUGAUAUAAUAUCAUUUUUUCCUUGCAGGUGCGAGCAGGAACUGUUUGUGUCUGUCUGAUCGACGACUGCGGAAACAGUGACGUACCGCUCAUGGAGUUUAGCACACAGAGUAUGUAUACUGUCGUUGUUAAGCUAUUUUAGACGAGCAGGAAUUCCUUAAUACUGUCGUUGACAAUUUUUCUGCGCUAGCAUAUACGGCUCAGAAUAUUGAGUCUCUGACAGUUGUGCCUAUCUAGUUCCAAUUGCGUUCUCCGACAAUAAAUAACAUCUGGCAGCGGAUUACGCUAAAUGUUUCCAUAGAUUCUUGGCUUUUUCUUGAAAACUGUCCUUUACGAGUCAUUUUCACUGACAUAUAUUGUCAUUUACAAGGGUUUCUCCAACUUGUAUUCACAGUUGUCGCCUUUUUUGAAGUACGAAGUUAAUAGCUUUUCAUGCUGCCUGUUCAGCAUAAUUUUUACCUGCCAGGUUUCCCGAAUUGAGAACAUUUUUAAACUUUCUGUCGUGACUCCUUUGAUCUAUAAGAGCGUAGACGAUCCAAUAUUGUAGCCGGAGACUAUCAAACACAGUUGACAGUAGUUCUCGAGCAACGGGCGCUAAAAACUGCUUAGUUGUUGAAAAACGUCUAAUGCAGUCCACAUUGUGUUAUAGAUUUGUACUUUUGGCAUGAUCUUCAAUCCACGGGUGAUGGAUCAGCUCACUGUACUCUGAUAGUCCAAUACUACAACAGGAAUGUAUCCGACUGGGAGACUUUUCUUGAACCUUGGAAGUGAGUCGCACAUCUCUGUCAGAGGCUGUGUAUCAAACCUUCCUAAGGGGGGUAGGGGAUAGACGAUCCCCUCCCCCCAGAAACGGCUGGUUCUUUAGCCUUGUUAUCACAACUUCAUUAAUGUCAGGAAUGUAUCGAUCCUGGAGAGCUUAGACAUUUUUUCCUACCAGAGUUUCCACAGGUACCCCAAGCCGACGAGUGCGAAUCGUUGUUACAUAACCAAGAAAUGUUAUAAGGGUUUGUAUGGAAAUUUCAGCGAUCGUUAUUCAUCCAUCAAGGACGGUCGACGAUGCUUUGCCACGAAGUUCCGUGCACGGCCGUUAGAGCGCUAAAAACUCCAUACAAACCCUUAUUAUAUUUCUUGGUUAUGCAACAACGAUUCUCACUCGUAAGCUUGGGGUACCUGUGGAGUUUCAUGUCCCGAACUAGCUUCAUCUUGAACGUUGAUAGUUAGUCAAGGUUUGAUUUUAUUGCUUCUCUACAUUGACUGGCUGAAACACAUAUCACCGCUGUCUCAGCUAAUGAGACACAAGUUUCUUCGACCGGUUUUCACCCUAACGUUUAUCUGCUUUACGUCACCUACUUUUUUGUAGAAUUUCGUUAGUUUUUUUACUGUACAUUGCUAAAAUAAAGAUCUUCCAGUGCGACAACUAAUCACGUUCUGUGAGAAUGUCUCAUGCAUGACGAGCCUCCGCUGACGAUUAAACAACGCGAAUUGCAUAGUCUUUCAUGAUCGUGUUUUUAAAUAAGUGAGGACGAUUGUUCUUUUUCUACCAAACUGCUAGCUCUGUUUAAGCGCGUUGGAAAAAAUAAAGUUUUUUUUUUCUUGCUUCAGAUUGUUGAUUCCAUUCUCAAAAUACAUAUUAUAUUAGUUGUGGUAUUGACCAAGAUGCAGACCAAGAAAAUUCGAUGUAUCCAUAUAGUGAACCAUUUUCGAGUAAAUUAUUUAUGUUUCUAGUAUUGAGGAAAUAAAACUUGUCCAUUGUUUUGUUCUGCAGUCCAAUUCCUCAUGUAAUUAUUGUAGUGUUUGUAGCUGUUAACUUGUAAACAUGUCUUACAUUAUAGAUGUCAGCUUCACUGGCAGGAGCAACAUAGGACGCAAACGUCAAAAGGCAGAUUUCUCGCAAAGUUGGAUGGUAAUUUUUAGAUACCUGUACCUGUAACGUUAUAGCAUGCCCUCACCUGAGUUUAACACGGAACGUAUGACAGCAGCAUCCUACGAUUGUUUUUUUUUUUUAGAAAAAUAUGUUCGAAGAAAACUGUAAUAUUUAUACCUUUUUGUAACGUUUAGGUGGCAGAUCCCACUAAUUUAAUUUUUGCUAGAUUUCAUGACACAACUGCUGCGAAUACUCUGUUCCGUCAUCUUAGUAGAGGCCUUUAGAUGACUCGAUACAGUUUCUCAGGGUCAAUACCUCCCAAGUUUGGGCAUAAUCUACGUCACCAUAAACAAAGAUUUCGAAAAACUGCCACCAUAGUUGUAUUAGAUAAUGGUGAAAAAUUGUUAUGAUCAGGGUUGCUAUGACAUCUCGUCGAAAUGACGCUAUUACCUAUUUUACUUACAGCAGUAUUUCUUUGCACUUGCAACUGUUCUUCCAAAAUCGUUCACGGGAGCUUGUUCCACCAAAGACCUCUCGGAGCAAAGGAGAGAACCAACAACAAACUCAACCCACCUAUGGCGUCGACCCCGGGAUUUGAACCUGGGCCACAUAGGUGGGAGGCGAGCGCUCUCACCACUGCGCCAUCCCUGGCUACUUUUAUGACAAGCCCUGUGUUCGUUUGCACCAGAUAUUUUAAGUUUUUCUUUACACAUCUUGUCCGCUUUUUUCUUUGCAAUUCUUCCGUUCAUUUUCAGCUCCUGCCCGUCUUGAUGUCACAGUGACUACUACACUCAUCAACAUGAUAAACCACACGAUAGCAAGUUGGUCUGAAGAUUACUACAGACCAGAUCCACCACCUGUGUCUGCAGUUGCCACUUCAGGGACGCCUAGUCUCCCAUCUGUGUCUUCAAGCAUGAGUGGCAGUAGACAUGACAGUCUAAACCGCAGCAUGAGCACUGAUAGUCCACUAAGCAGCCCGACCAGUAGACCAGAGUCUAGCGCCUCAUUAUGGUCAACGGGCUCUGGCUUUCCUCGGCGCCGUUCACCAUUUGUUCCAUUUUUACUAAGAAAUCAAACAGGUGAGUUAAGUAGUAAUCAGUAAUGUGGCUAUGACUUUGAAAAAAGUGUCCGUUUGUUUACUUUUUACCCUUUAAGCACAAAUUCUCCAGACUGAUCUCCGCCAUACAUUUCUUUUAAGAAUAGUUGAGAGAAUGUGGUUUAAGAUCAAAGUGUUCUCCCUUUGUUCAUCAAUUUAGUAAUUGUCAUAACCUUUACUCUUGAUGAUCCGCUGAUGUUUUUAGGAGAAAAUUGAUGUUGGUCGCUUUUGAGACCUAAAGGGUUAAGAGGCUUAAACAAACCUCGGGAAAUAGGGAGCUUAAGCACCCGAGGUGACAACAGUAGCGAAAACGUCUCUUGUAGAGUGAAUUGCGAUGUUUUAAAAUAUUAUUAAUCACUCUAAUCUCAUCUAAUAGAUUUUGUCAAAUGUUUCUGAUUUUUUCUGGAGUCAAAUCUAAAUUGAUUGCCUGCUGUGCCCCACAAGGAAAGAUUUUGUUUUGGCCAGAUAAUAAAUCCUUUGCAGAUCAAGCUGAUUCGGUCAAGAUAGCUCAUUAUUAGCCUGGCUCUUUUUCGUUUGUACUUUACGGACCGAGACGCAACAAAGCACUCAAGAAUGAAAAUGGCCGAAAUCGUGCCAUUUUGUGACCGAACAAACUUGGUCGAUAGCGCAUAAUUAUUUGAAAGUAUCCGUGUUACUUUGGUGAACGUAGAGUCAAUACAUUACGGAAGGCGUUUUUUUCUACAAAUUGGAAGCACACAAACUAAUUGUCUUCACGCUUACAUCUCGUAUUAAAUUGCAGGAUGUACCUUGUGGUUUAAGACAGUAACAAUAACUCUGUCGAAAGUGAUUUUGGCGAACACACAACAGGAACUUCCUGGUAUUCCUGGGGCUGGUUCGGGCAUGAUAUCUGAGUGGAAAGAGGUUCCUUCAGGUGGCGAAGCGCCUUUUGAAUUUACAUCGGGAGAAAAACAGCGACAUAAGGUGAGUUAUCUGAGGUGGUGACCUUCUGGAAAAAUGUCAGUUGAAUGAGUGGUAACAUUACUGUGAGGCUCCACCGUACCUCUCAGUGGUGGAGACUGAAAGUGUGUCACAGUCAGUAACCAAUGAGCAGAGAAAACUCUUUCAGAACAGGGUAUCGUCUGCUCCCUACCACACUACUCACCCUCACCCCAUUCACCCCUCCAUCCGUCCCAUCCCAUCCCAUUCCAUUCCAUCCCAUCCAUCCAUCGCAUCCCAUCACAUCCUUUUCUCUACUCAAUUUUUCCUCAUUAGUUCAUGAUGAUUUGAUUUGGCCCUACACAAGGUUAAAAACAUCAAUCCCUUUAAUCGUUCUGAUUGCAAUCUGAAUUCCUAAAAGAAGCAAAGCUGACACUAACUGUAUUUUAUCGUUGUCGUAGGAAACUCAUGAGCUCAACAUACAUCAGGUUGUUGUGCAAAUGGAGGGUUGGGGUCCUCUCUGCCCAGUCUCUGUCGAUAGAGUUGGUACAUUCUUCAGACAGGCACGACCUCAGAAGUUUGACACUGCAUCCAUGGUAAAGACCAAACAAUCAAGUGAUCCUAAUCUACUUGCUUGUGUUCUUGUGUACUUAAUAGGCAAAUUUACAGUUGUAUGCUGAGUAGAAGAGAGGCAAGCGGUGUCAUUUAUAUAUAUUUAAAUAUGAUUUUCAUUUGAAAGUCAGUGAGGUUUCCAAACAAAGUGACAUCCCCUCCUCGCUUCUAUUCAAGUCCAGGAGAUUCAAUACACAACUGUGAAAUGACAUAUUAUUGUUGAGGAGAUGUAUUUUUUACAUGGUAAUUAAAUUUUUUUAUGGGUAGUUUUCGAUCUCAAAUCGCCACUUUAUCUUACCUUCAGGUAAAUUUCUUCGAUUUAAGCACAAUAUUCUUGCGAUUGCAAGACGUUGUAACGUUCCAAACGCUUGGCAUACAACACGAGCAGGAUACCCUGUUUUUGUUUUUUUCCUCUUUUUUCAGGCAGUUGUUUGCUUUACUCAUACUCAUAUAUUAUAGCGGAAGCCUUUAAAUUGUCAACCGUUUCUGGUAUCAGAUAGAAUGAGAAAUGAGGUGUGUUUCAGGUAGUUUUAGCGUUUGUUUUUUUCUUUGCUGAUAAAAGGUCAGUCGCUUGUUUAUGUCUUUAAUCCUUUUUUAGGUGAGCGUUCUUCAGUCGGCGCGAGUAGUAUUUGAUGUCAGCUUGGAGGGACGAGCCCGUAAGGUAGUCACUCUGAGAUCAGCUCUAAUGAUCAAAAACAAGAUGGACUUACCUGUGGAGAUAAAGCUUCAGGGACUCACAUCAUUACACCGUUAGUCCAGUGGCUUAUUAUUCCUUUUUUUCCUUUUUGAAUACCUGCGGUCAGAGAAAUAGUAAUGAACCAAAUUGGGCUUAUGGGAUCAAUAAAGUUUUCUGGGUAACUGACCAUCAACCCCUCCCCUAAUUUAUAAUUUUUGCCCCAAGUGAAAAGUAAGAGUUAAUGUUGACUUAGGGGAGGGGUAGGUAAUCAGUCAUCCAGAAACCUCAAUUGAUCCGACUAAAAGAUACUCGUUACUGGGUAACUGACCACCUACCCCUCCCCUAAGUGAGAAUUUUGCCCUAAGUGAGAAGUAAGAGUUAAUGUUGACUUAGGGGAGGGGUAGGUAAAUCAGUCAUCACGAAACCUCAAUUGAUCCGACUGAAAAAUGCUCGUUUCUGGGUAACUGACCACCUACCCCUCCCCUAAGUGAGAAUUGUGCCCUAAGUGAGAAGUAAGAGUUAAUGUUGACUUAGGGGAGGGGUAGGUAAUCAGUCACCCAGAAACUAAAUACCAAGAUAAUGUAAGCUAGAUAGGUAUUUCUGCUUAUCUAACCGCGUUGUUUUUCAAUAAUAUUUUCUGAGAAGAGAAUGUUUGCGCUCAACCUUUUAUUAACCUUUUUCUUUUUUACAUUUUCAGGGACUUCAACUCUUCCAGUCCUCCCUCCAGAGGCCUCAGUUGCAAUACCAUUACGAUGUACCUCUUGGAAAUUAUACCUGAGACCCCACGGGGUCGGGGUGGGGUUUUGUUCUCAGCCACUAGAAUGGAAAGGCGUUUUACGAGGUCACAGAACAAUGGGCUACAGCCGGGAGUGUUAUCCUGCUUCAACAGCUGCAGAGUCUGGAAGGAAGUUUAGGUAUAAAGUGUCGUCUGUUCACGUAAUGUUGUUGUAGAAAGUGUGAAACUAAAAAAGAGGAGAAAAAUAAGAUUAGGACACAGCGUAACCUAUUAGCAAGAAAGCUCAGGUCUUGCCCCAAGUUCAAGUCACGCCCUGAUAGCUAGCUUGAUUUGCUUUCGGUGGUCCCGAGCUCAGAUCACCGCCCACCCUAAUGUUUUCAAAUAUUGUGAAUGAUUGCUUUUGAGGCAUUUUGAAAUUCAUACGUUAUUGUUAUAACAACCAGGUUCUGUGUGGCAGUGAAGAGAGAAGGUUAUCCUGAGGAUGUGCCUUUACAUGAGAGUGCUCCAUCGAAGGGCCUGAAUAUAAUGACCCAGCCAGCUCACACCCUGACCAUAAUGUACCCAGUGAUGUUGGUAAACCUGUUACCAUGUGAUUUGAGCUACAACGUCCAGAACAUCCCAGCUAAGGGAAACAUUAAAGCUGGGAAGUCUGUGCCUUUACAUACCGUAAGUACCAUGUUUCGUCCUUUUACAUGAAAGACUGGAAAUUAACUGAAAUGUAACUUAAAUGUUAAGCCUUUCAUUGCCUAACCACCUUAUGGCGAUAUUAUUCGUCACUCCUAAAUGAAACCUUUUUGGUAGAAAUUUUGUGUAGUUAUAUCAUUUAUUAUGCAGGAUUUUUCAUGAAUUAAAUUGUAUUUUAUUUAGUUAUUUUUUCUUUGUUUCGCUGCUAUUAGCAGUGAAAGAAGCAAGGUUAUCAGAUAGCCAGUCCGCUUUGAUUAAUUGGAUAAAUUCAAAUUUUAGUUGUUGUCCUCGACAAGUUCUAUCUAGCCUUUGAACAGGUCUUUUGUAUCUUGAAUUUUUUGCCGAAUAAAAUUGAAAUGCAGGUUGUUAAGAAACCCCUCUUCUCCCUUUGAAAAGCCUCAGAAUUUUAUCAUACAAUAGAGUGAAUAUUGUGCAGCAUCGAUUUACUAGAUGACUUUUUGUCAACAGGCAGACCCGGAGAAGGCCCUUGAUUUUAGUAUCAGAAUCGAGAACUUUUUGUAUUGUGAUAACAUUCGUAUAUCAAGGCCAUUGAGCAUGAUGUCUUCUUAUAUUAUUCACUUGGAGUUACAAGAUACAAAGAGGCGGUCUCUUAUUCUUAAUGUCAAGGUGUCUUUCGAGCCUGGAGGAUCCCUUCGUGUAAGUGAUUUGAUAUAAAAAUCCAAAGUAACUGUUCGAAAUAGAAAGCUUAGGCAACAACUACGGCGACGGCUACGAUGCUUUAAACUUUACCGCGCGUUUUCCAUCUCGUUCGGUUCGUCAAAUGUUGGCACAUUUUUUCUGGAUUUGUAUUCUAAAGGCUGUAUCGAAGUUCAAGAAAAGAAAAAGAAAGUCUCUGUCUUUUGUUCACCUCCUCCGCAGAACUUGAAAUUAGGCAUUUUGACGUCGAAGUCGUGCAGAGACGGCAAAGAAAUGUACAAAAAAGCGUGAUCACGUGCAGAGUUGUUGUUUUGCCAAUCCAAACCUUUUUUUUUUGCCCUUCUCGUUGACGUCGCUGUCGUCGUUGCCUAAGCUCCCUUGUAAAUAGAAGACUGUCACUGCUUUGCUGCAUUUCAUCUGUUAAACCUUAACUCGAGAUUUUGUAAGUUCUUAUUCCGAGAUUCAACUCAGUCCUGGUUCGAUUUCCGCCGCUUUCUCGGUCCUCCACGAGAAGACGGAAUAGCGUAGCUGUUAAACAAGCCUACCCAAGUCAAACUCACCCUUAUUUGGUCUACUUACGAUUUUUACACUUUGCUGUUGCUUUUAUUGCCAUCGCAUUCGUAAUUGCUUAUGUCAAUAUCAUUGUCAUCUGCACAAAAUAAACCUUUCCUGUACCUAAACUGCGCAUGCAGCAAUUGGAAAAUUGCUAGUUGAUUGCACUUUUAACAUCAUAUACCAUCAUUUUAACUGAAUAGGUGUCGAUAUAUGCUCCUUACUGGAUAAUCAACAACACAGGGAUCCCGCUGGUGUUCAAACAGGACGCUGUGAAUUAUGAUAUGGCCGGUCAGUUUGAUGAACAGGAGACGGCCCCCAGCCUGACUCCCUUAUUGUUUUCAUUCUCUGACAGGGGCGCCCCAACAAGGUAUGUGAAAUAAACAGCGUUAUUGUUCUGUAUUUAGAAAUGUUUUCGUUUCAUGCUGAGUGUAUUUGUUCACCAUGCCUGUUAGACUUGUUGUGGUCAGAGUGGGCACGCCAAAAUCAGAUUUUCUGUUUUACUUCAAUUAGCCCUCCUCAGACUUAGUAACGUGCUUGGAUACCACUUAGAAACGGCUUGCUGCCAUUCAUUAGCUGUGGUCACACUAAAACCGAUUUACCUAGGGCAAAUUCAUCAAACAUCUCUCGAGGUAAAUUCAUCUCGGGUUUUGUUUUACCUAGGUAAAAAUUCUGGAAAGUCACACUACUGAUAUCGGCUCCCAAAGUUUUCACGCCAGUUGAAUUUUUUGGAGCGUAAAAUUCAAGAAGGCAAAAUGCGCAGGGAUUUAUCUCAUCAAAGAGACGUUUUUUUCUUUUAUCUCGCUGUUAUUUCUUAAGCUAAUUCAACGUGCAGGGUGAAGAAAGGCGAAGACGUAGACGACUCGAGCCCCCAAAAUUUCUUUCGCAGCGUGAUCUAUGUCCGGUUCUGUCAUCAAGACCUUCGCCGAUGAGCGUCUAUUGGCUAGCAACCUCGGUAUUUCAUUUUUCCCUAGCUAUUGCUUUGGGGUAGCUGUCAAGGUAAACUCUAUUGUUUUCGAGACAUAUCCAAGACCCAGACGAUAAAAUUUCCCCGAGGUAAGUUACUUGGGGAAAAAUCGGUCACACUUAAAAAAUCAAUUUUCCCUAGGCAAACUCUCAACAAGUCGUGUUUACCUAGGUAAAAAGUCUGUAGUGUGACCACAGCUAUUCAUUCAAGCAUUCAUUCAGCCUACAAAGCUUUGAUUGCGAUCGAGCGAAGCCUUUCUAGGUUUAUUCAAACGUCUUUUAAGUCUUCUAAUCCAGUCAUUUCAAUUCGGUUGGUUUUUAACAGAAUGAUAAACUAGGAAGGCUUCGCUCGUUCGGACUCAAAGCUUUGUGAUUGGAAUAAACACUUGGAUGGCUUCCCAUCCAGCAAAUAUAUACUUGCUAAGUAGUAUCCAAGCACAUGAUCACGUUCGGCAGAGGGUCUAUUGAGUGAAGAAGGACUUCCAUUAGACUUGUAAAAAGGACGAAAACGGAACAGUGUGUGUGGGGGUGUUAUUGAACGUGGAUCAUUUACUCUAUAGUUUACAUCCAUAUAUACUCACCAUCACGGGCUUACUGCUUUGACAGGUUAUUUUUACGUAUUUCUAAGGUGCUGCUUAUUACAGCGUUGUGCAAAAGUAAUGCUAGCGGCGAACUAUCACAAGUGCAGCCAAUGUUUUUCGGUGCAUCUUUUAUUUGAAAUCUUACAGCUUUAAAAUUCGUUCUAAGUCCUUAUCGUUGUAGGUAAGGGUAGAUAAGACCCUCUACUCAACUCACAACUGUUUCUCACGCAAAUGGCGCUUUCUAUUCUCUUAGUUUCCUGAAUACAUACUACCUAGAAAUGGGGUUCCGCACCAGAAAUUAGGCUGUGUUAUUGUCAUGAGGUGUAACACUCAUUGUCUGCGUGAGAGUGAUGUCAUGAUGACGUUCCUCCAAUCUAUUCUUUGUAGGUGUCAAAUGCGAAUUGGUCGCAGCUAUCAACUCGGAAGUGGAAAGCCUGUUUGGUAUGUAUAUUACUUCCGCUCUUCUUUAUUGAAUUGAUAACGUCAAUUUUACGCGGUAAAGGUUGAAAGGCUGAGGCUUCGAGCGCUUGCCUGUCGUUGGAGCGAAUCGAUUUGGCAAGCAGAAACACAUGAAAAGGCUUGAAAAUAAAAUAUAUAUAUGUAUAUGCGCGAAGACACAAAACAGCUAAAAACUUAGCUUUCGUGUAAUAAGCAAAGCUGCUCACCUUUAUUGUUGCAAUGAUAAAAAAAAUACUCACUUACAAAAGUACUUAGAUGUUUCAUGAUUGCGUGUUUGCCGUCACCUUUGAGUAACAGUUUUUGACAGCGUUGUCUUUUUGCAGGAGUAAUUCGUUUUCUUCGGAUAGCCCCCGUGAGCAUGAGUUGAAGCGUGUACAUGCUAGACAAGGUGGAAGCCGCCCAGAUAAGUAUGUGAUAAAAACUAACUGAUUCACCUUCCGUUUAUCAGUACAAUUUAAGAUAACAUUGAUGGUGAUAGUAACUUAACCUUAAAUUUAUAUUCCACAUGUCCGUCAAACAAUUGUGUGGUAAAGUAAACGUACUUGUUAUGCUUCUCAAUUCUGCCCACAGUUUAGCCGCAAGUUUUGCCGCGCCCGCAUGCAAAGUGUCCAGCAGCGCAGUGAGCCGUCAGUUGGAGAUGCGCGAGCAGGGCGCAUGUCUGUUUCGUGCAAACCUCCCUGGCGAGUUUGUGUCCCUUGUCACGUCUAAGAAAUUGUGAUGUAACUCAGAGCUGUUUGAUUGGUUAAAAACUUUGAUUGUGUCAUGUUGGACUGUGUUUUAUCUGCAACAUGCGUCGAAAUAGAUUUACAAAUUUGAAGGAGGACUUCGUUAGAAUAUUACUGCUUGUAGAAUAGGGAGACUUCAAUAGAGCUGCUAUUGAUGAGACAAUUUGCGUCAGAAAUCAGAAGUUUCUUCGCUGUUUUAUCAUCGUAUUCUUGGUAUGUUACAAAAAAGCGUUGAAUAACCAAGUAAACUUCAACUUUUUCGUUAAAUAACACUAACGCAAUCUUUUUUUUUAAAAAGUUACCAAUAAAUCUCUCGAAAGAUUUAAAAUAUAAAUUAUGUUAAAUCUAAAUUGAAAUUGUAUUUAUACUUGGAUUUUUGGAAACCGGGUUAGCAAAAAUAUCAACUCAUUCUACUACUUGGCAAUUUAAAACAACAAAACUCAUUCAAAGGCCGAUUAAAAGCCUUUAUCUGACGCCGGGCAGUAAGUUAAUGGUCCCUAGAAGCAUUCCAACGAGUCCAAAUUUAAAAUGACGCAAAUUUUAGAACAUUUCUUCAGUAAACUGACUUCGCGAAGUUUCAAACCGGUGUCAUUUCAGUCUAGAAAUUUUUAAGCUGAGUGAACUGCAGCGAAAGAGUGCCUGGUUAAGGCUUACAUAACAACUUGAAUAGUUAGCAAAACACUACUUUUUUCGCGGUUCGAUGAAAAACAGGAUUCCGCAUGGAAUAAACAACAAACUGAAUGAAACGUAGUGCACAAAUUAUCACUUUCUUAUCUGCAAAAAUUUGCUUAUGGUUCAAUGCCAUUAGAGCCCGCUGAAACUAGACCUAGAUCCAAUUUCCCUGAGUCGAGAGUCGCUUUUCCAAGGUACAAUCAGUUAAGCUAAACACCGACGAAACAAUAUUAAUGGCUGGCACAGAAUAUUUUGGCCAAACCGCAGUUCAACCACGCGAUCACAUACCUAUCAACACCAUGCGGAAAUCACACACUUUCGCGGCACUGAUAAGACUAUCCACAACCAUGCAUAAUCUUCUCACGUUUAACAUAAGCGAAAUAUCAUCGAAUAACUCGGAAAAACUCAGCCUAUUGCCAGAUAAACACCUCUGGACUUUUCUCUCACACUCGUCUUAGUCAACUUCCCGGAUGUAGAGUCACACGGUCGGCGGAUCACCUUAGCCUUGUUUUCACACCAGGAAAAACGUCUUUGCCCGGCUUACAGCUCACCGGCAAUUUUGCUCUCACGUAAUUCAUUUGACUCCUAAGAGCCUGUUCCCGAGGCCAAAGACUUAGUGGUCACCUUAGAAAAGCGAACAAUAUCGUACCUUUUUGUCUCAGCCCGGAUCAGGGUGGUUGAUCCGUUUAGCCAAAUGAAACGAGAAUAUAAUACGAUAUUGGACGAUGCAGACUCUGGGAAUCGUAAUAACUUUGUCCCAUCUCAGAGCUUUACAUGAUGCUCUCCGGGAAACUUUUCUCAAGGUACCGAAACCAGCUUUAGGAGCGCGCUGAUUUCAAAUAACUGUCACUUGUGUUAAAGAAAGAAUUGUGGGUAGGGAAAAAAAUCGGGAGGCUGGUGGAGGAGGGUAAGAUAAUAAUUCUGUCUACAUCCACUUCUACACAAAUCCCUAACCACAAAACAAGCCAAAAAAAACAUAAGCAAACAACACAGUAAACAUAUGUCAAGCUAUAAGACAGGGGAAGUUGCGAAACAUUGCAAAAUGUUUGCUAGCCCGUUUUUCAUAACUCCAGGUAGAUUUAAAUUUUUAAGUUAUUUGCCAUUAAAAACAGAACUCCCAUAAAAUUUCUUAACAUUACGACUGUUACAUUUAAAUUUUGUUACUAUACCCGCCGUGACUUUUCUUGGUUAGUGGUAAACUUAAAGCAUACGUCACACUUGUUUAAUAGAUUGUACCCUUGGCUCAUUGCGUGGUAGAAAAGAGGCAGGGACUCAUUAUUAUUACUCAUUGUUUUGUUUUUGCUCAAUGUUAUUAUUCAUUUGCUGUGAAAUUUAAAGAUAAAUUUACUUAGAGAAAACAGAUAACACGGCCAUGCGACAUCUUUGGCUCAGAUGGUGACAACUUAAAGAGACCUUAUCUAAAAAUACCAAAAUGAUUUUUGCUCUUUUCCCUCCAAAAUUUUGGAUAAGCAUAGUUUUGAAAGAAUUUAGUCAUAAGUUUUUUUUUUCAAAUUUGCUCAAGUAACCAACAAAAAUUCUUUUGUAGGGGUUUUUGGGUCAGUUGUGUAAUGGUUCUCUAUUUCAUUGACUGUGAGAAUUUCUGUUAUAAAUUUCAGAGUUUUAGUAGAAUUAUAGAACGCCAUUGUUAUGACGGUUUGAUUUGCUGCUAGCUAAAUGUUUUUUUAUUAAAAAGGUAACUGUUAAUUUUCUGACACCUGAUUCCGUGCUCUGUUGUUGUUUGUGUAGGGUAUAUGAUAUCGGUAUUGACGUGCGGUUUGGUCAGGGCCGAUACUGUGAUACGAGAAUUGUUACCUUGGCAACCCGAUAUCAAUUAGAGAAUAGGACUCAGCACACGUUGACAUUGUCACAGCGACACUUUGUCAGAGGACAGGUAAGUAGUUUCCGAUCCCUCUCGUGAACUCUCCGCAGAUGUUCUUCUUGUACCAGCAAUGGUUACCAGUCAUUUUGUGAAUGUAAUGUCAACAAUGGAAUUGUCUUUCGCGAAUUUAAAGCACAUCGGAAUCACAUGGAUACAAAUUAAAACGACGUCGGUUAUCAGCUACCUCUUCCGGUAGGUUAGAUAAUUUAGCAGAACUCUCGGCGGCAAAGUUAAGUAAAAAAAAAAAAGCAACGGGAGAGCCCCUGGCCAGCUAUUCGUACUCGAACAGUUCCACAAGCUUUUGUAUAUUUUGCUUCUAAUUGGCCAGAAUAGAUUUUUGUAGCCAAUCAGGUGCUGGGCGAUUCCAGUCCAUCUUGAACCACCUCGGACCUCUCUCGUUCUCUCUUUAAAACUGCUCCAGUAAUUCGCGCGUGAAUAUGUCGUGCAUGUGGUAGCGACAACAACAACAACCAAAACUUCUUCGAAGUCGAGGCUAAGGCGGCUUAGCUCGUGAGAAUUAGUCAUUACCCGCUCCCGGUUAGCUCAAUUGAAAAAGCGCCGGUCUGCUGAGCGGGAGGUCGCGGGUUCAAACCCCGGCCGUACCAACACUCAGGGUCUUUUAAUAACUGAGGAGAAUGUGCUGCCUUUGUAAUGAGAUCUAGACUUAGACUUUCUAGUUAGACUUUCUAGUCUUCUCGGAUAAGGACGAAAAACCGUAGGCCCCGUCUCACAGCUUUUUCACUCUUCUGAUUCUUGUGUGACAUAAAAGAACCCAAACUAAUGUUCGUAAAGAAGAGGUGACGUAGACCCCGGUGGUGUGGUACAGCCAUUCACGGGCUGGGUGAGUAAUGAAGGGGUUGAUAUCAAUUGGGACGUUGGUCCUGUUUCAUCCCCUGUCACGGUGUUGAGUUACCGUGGCGAAUUCAAUAAAGUAAAGUGAAGUAGAGUAACUUCACCCCUGCUCCUUUGUCACUUCAACUCACAGUAGCUUAGUUCACCGAGAGAUGUUAAUUCCUACCAGGAUUUAAGAUUUUUUGCAUUUAUUUCCCGUUAUUCCUCUUAAUUUUUAGGAUUUGACGUUCAGAAUAAACUAUGAUGAUUUUCACUUUUAGACACUUAUAAACACUACAUUUCAAAUUUCCUUUCAUCCGUUUUUUCAUGCCUGUUCUCUUACAAUAAAAUUUAGGCAGCAACAAACCCCGAAGGCGCUCUCACAGCUUUACCAGGAGCCUUGGUGCGUUUUUACUGGCCCCGAACAGACUUGGAUCAACUCCUAUGCAUCAGGUAAGGCUCUAGGCUUGAUUUCCGUCACUCUCUCGGUCCUUUCCGUGAUGAGAUGGCUGGAUGCGUUAUUGACUGAUCGCGUUCGGGGGAACGCGGGCUCACUUCUCGAACAGAAGCUGGUAAUCGAGCCUAUGGGGUGUACUAUUCUAUACGUCGCUUGCAUUGAUUUACGUUAACUGGAGUUAGCUGCAAUAAACACAUGAAAUAAUACACCUCUUACAUGUAGGUCUACUUACCGCCGGCAAUAUUCAUAGCACGAAUGCUAGUGGGGCCGAUAAAUGACUGAAAAAAAAUUAUAAGCAUGGGCGAGGAUUUCAAUUCGGGAAGACAAGAGAAAAUUCAACUAGCUGCCUGGGCGGUACCUGAGCUCGGGGACACUGGAAUGCAAGCCCAGGGCUCUGUCCGCUCCGAAACGCUGCCUCGCGCACGCUUGUACGUAAAUCAAAUCCGUAGUGUGUUAUUUGAAUUUGUCUUUGCUGCAAUAAAAUUUGAAUUUGUUUCGUUUAAGAUGUUGGUAUUGAUGACAACUUUUUAUUUACAUGCACGAAACGCGAAUGAAGAAACAAACGAUUGCUAGCUGAACAGCAGAGGUUGCGAAUCUGGCCGGCAACAGACUUGUCGGCUGUUCUACAGAAAACGGUGCCUAUUAUUGAUAUGUAUUCUUAGAGGUAUUGAGCACGACCUCCGGUUACUUCCAGGCUUUUAAAUUCUCCGCCUGCUUAUUGCAUAUACUCUGUACUCAGCAACUUGAAAUCUUAAUGACAUCUAGCCCCUGCUGGUAAGGUGAUAAUGAACUUACUUGAAUUCCUUGGUUUUGUAGAUUAAACGACGUUCCCCAUUGCCAGUGGUCUAAGGGUUUUAAGAUUGACAGAGACCAUUCACUCCAUGUUGACAUGAGGUUCGUUAACCCCUGGUAGUAAUCACUGGUAUAACAUCUGAUACGAUUUAAGUCAAACUAGCUGAUCACGGAUCACACAGUCGCCUAUUCACACUUGGAGACAAAUCAGGGCAAGCGUGCCACCUUAAAUUCGCAGUUAAUUAAAUGAAAAUUAAGCCUUUUAGUCACUGCCGCAAGCCUUCGUUCCUGCGUUCAUGAUGAGCAGUGAUUAAUUAUUAAACUAAUCAAUUCAUUUAUAGCAUCUACGGAAGUAGGCUAAACCUGGUUGAAUAGUAUAACAUUUAGUCGUUAACAACAACCGCCGCCCGGUUAGCACAAUUUGAUAAGCGCCAGACUGCUUAGUGUCGGACGUUAAAGAACCCAGUAGUCCCCGCUGUGGUGGUCUAUCUCAUAUGGGGGAAAGGGACUGUUAAGGGCCUGCGUAGUGGCGCCAGGCCCUGUUGUGGGGACCCUGCAAAGAACUGUCGAACCUAA